AUGGCGGUCAAGAGUCCGCGCGAGGCCCUUCUCACUAAAGCAAAGUUGGCUGAACAAAUUGAGCGAUAUGAUGACAUGGCUCAAUUCAUGCACAAGAUUGUUGAUCUUAAUGAUGAAUCUGCUCCCGAAUUAACUGUUGAGGAACGUAACCUCCUCUCUGUUGCCUAUAAAAAUGUUAUUGGUGCUCGUCGUUCCUCGUGGAGAAUCAUUAGUGCUAUUGAAUCAAAGGAUGAAGGUAAUGAGCGCGUUAAGAACAUCAGGGCCUGUCGCGAACAAGUUGAGAAAGAGUUAAAGCAAAUGGCUAAUGAGAUACUGUCACUUCUUGAAAAGACACUCAUUCCUCGUGCACAGAAUGCUGAUUCCAAAGUAUUUUACUACAAGAUGCAGGGUGACUACAAUAGAUACCUUGCCGAGAUUGCUACAUCUUCUGAGCGGGAUGAGGUAGCAAAGCGCAGCUUAGAUGCUUACAAAGUCGCCACCGAUAUUGGCACAGCUGAGCUUCAGCCAACGCACCCUAUCCGGCUUGGUCUGGCUUUGAAUUUUUCUGUUUUCUACUAUGAAAUAAUGAAUAAGCCCCAGCAAGCUUGUCAAAUUGCCAAGCAGGCGUUCGAUGAUGCUAUUGCUGAACUUGACACUCUCAAUGAGGAGAGUUACAAGGACUCAACCCUCAUAAUGCAACUGCUUCGUGAUAACUUGACUCUGUGGAGGUCCGAUGUUGAUAAUGACGAAGCAGAAAAGAAUUCCCCUGAAGGUGACAAGCGGGAUUAG